AUGACGAUUGCAAUAUUGGUGCUGGACAUUACUGCCAAUGAUUAUGCGGAUAUAUUUCAAGAGGUGGUUGGGCAUCUUAAUGGUAAUCUCAACUCUCUCGAACAAGUUGAUGUGUUGACUCUUAAGCCAAUCAACCAAGUUGAGCAAUUGAAUGAGGCACUUGCAACUACAUAUAGUUGUCUUCGGCACCAGUUUACCGAAGCGGGAUGUGACUAUAAAUUGGGUAUAACAAUUUUAUUCAAUACUGGAGUGUCCAAAAUCACACCUGGUACUCAAAAGGUGUAUGUUUCAAAAGAUAUUGAAGAACAUAUCAAGGUUGAUUAUUCGAUCCAAAAGCUUGAAAGUGAACCGAGAACCAUUGAGCGACAAAUUGCUCCCAAAAUCUCCAAAAAGUACAAUGUCUCUGCCUUGGGAGGAACGUUUGAUCAUAUCCAUGAUGGGCACAAAAUACUACUUUCAGUGGCUGCGUUUUUGGCAAAGAGAAAGCUCAUCAUCGGUAUUACUGGCCAGGCAUUGCUCAAAAACAAAAAAUAUGCUGAAUGUCUAGAGUCAUUUGAAGUACGAAUGAAGCGCACUAUAGCCCUUGUCAAUCGUCUAUUGGACGGAAAUGUGAGAUAUGACGUUUAUGAGAUAAAUGAUGUUUGCGGGCCCACUGGUUUUGUGAAAGAUAUCGACUGUUUAGUGGUCAGCGAGGAGUCAGCAAAGGGUGGUGCCUAUGUUAACAAUUACCGUAAUGAACGAGGGUUUCCCAGUUUGGACAUCAUCACCAUUAAAGUGGUCGGAGGUGAAGACAGCCGCGAAGACAACAGUUGGAAAGGUAAGAUCAGUUCUACUGACAUCCGUGAAUAUAUAUAUAAGGAAACUUACAAGAGUAAUAGCACGUAA